AUUUUAUAAAAUAGAAAGUUUAUCUUAAUCUCAUGAGGUGAUAGAUGGUGGUGGAACCGUGGAGGUGGAGCACGUGAAGACACACGUGCAAAACUUACGCACACAUUUUCAAUUCCAACACAGCGAGAAAGAAAAAAAAAUAAAAAACACAAAUGGCGUUGCGUCACAUAAGAUUCUUCCCUCACACACUUGUUUCUUCUACAAACUUCACUCCCAAACUAAAAAUCAACCAUAACCGUUUUUUCUUCUCUCCUUCACACUCUUCUUCUUCUUCUUCCACCGUCACUGCCAUGGCUUCAAAUGCUCGUAAAGUCUUGAUUCCGAUCGCUGAUGGCACCGAACCUAUGGAAGCUAUUAUCACCAUCGACGUUAUCCGUAGAUCCGGAGCUGAUGUUACUGUCGCAUCCGCCGCUAAUAAUCUCUCCGUGCAAGCUCUCCACGGCGUUAAGAUCAUUGCUGAUGCUUCUGUUUCCGACGUUGCUAAUACUGCUUUCGACCUUAUCGCUCUCCCUGGUGGGGUUCCGGGUGUGGACAAUCUUAGAGACUCUGCAACGUUGGAAGGGUUGGUAAAGAAGCAUGUUGAGGAUGGAAAGCUUUAUGCUGCGGUGUGUGCUGCUCCUGCAGUGGUACUUGGGCCAUGGGGUUUGCUAAAUGGAUUGAAGGCAACUUGUCAUCCUUCAUUCAUGGAAAAAUUGGCAUCUUACACCACUUCUGUUGAGUCAAGGGUGCAGCUGGAUGGCAAAGUUGUGACCAGUCGUGCACCUGGUACCACCAUGGAGUUUGCUGUUGCUAUAGUUGAGCAAUUAUUUGGAAAGGAGAAAGCUGAUGAAGUUGCAGUUCCACUGGUUAUGCGCUCUAAUCAUGGCGAUGAACAUACCUUUUUAGAGCUAAACCCAGUGCAAUGGACAUUUGACAAUCCACCCAAGAUUCUUGUACCAAUUGCUAAUGGCACAGAAGAAAUGGAAGCUGUGAUUAUCAUUGAUAUUCUGCGACGAGCAAAGGCAAAUGUUGUGGUUGUUUCUGUUGAGGACAAACUAGAGAUCGAGGCAUCACGUAAAGUUAAACUGGAGGCGGACAUACUCCUUGAUGAAGCGGCUAAACAUUCAUAUGACCUGAUUGUGUUGCCUGGUGGACUUGGUGGUGCCCAAGCUUUUGCAAACUCGGAAACCUUGGUGAAUUUGUUGAAAAAGCAAAGAGAAUCAAACAGAUAUUAUGGAGCAAUUUGUGCAUCCCCGGCUUUAGUUUUGGAGCCCCAUGGCUUGCUAAAGGGUAAAAAGGCUACUGCUUUUCCUGCCAUGUGCAGCAAGUUAUCAGAUCAGAGUGAAGUAGAAAACAGGGUUGUCGUUGAUGGUAACCUUAUUACCAGCAGAGGCCCCGGAACCUCCAUCGAGUUUGCAUUAGUUAUUGUGGAGAAGCUGUUUGGACGCAAUUUAGCUCUAGAACUUGCAAAGACAACAGUGUUCACAAGCCCAUAAAUAUAAUGUAUUUAAAUGAGUAAUACUUUCUGCUAAUGUAUCAGACAUUUGUGUAUGAAUAAUCAAGUAUUUAAAUGAGUUGUAUAAAACGAGAAAGAGAGUCACCUUGAAUUUUGCCACGAGUGUAGUGCUUGUAAGAUAAGGUAAAUUUUGGCUUAUUUUUAAUUUGUUUUCAGCUCA